AUGAACGAAUUUGGAGAGUUGUGGCCUCUCUCUCUCUCUCUCUUCUACCCCAACCCUAGGGCCAGAGCCAUGGAUUCCAAGAGGGUACCACGACCCUCCACCGCUGCCGCCGGCACUACUGACAACAGUGGUGGUGGAGUCAUACUAGGGAAGUACCAACUUAGCCACCUAUUGGGCCGAGGCAGCUUUGCCAAAGUCUACCAUGGCCGAUCUCUGAUUGAUAACACUACAGUUGCCGUUAAAGUCAUAGACAAAGCAACCAUGACUCAACCCUUCAUGGAGUCUCGCAUUCUCAAUGAAGUCUCCGCCAUGCGCCGCCUCAACCACCACCCAAACGUCCUCAACCUCCACGAAGUCAUGGCCACCAAGACCAAAAUCUAUCUCAUCAUGGAGCUCGCCCACGGCGGCGAACUCUUCACAAAGCUCGCCAAACGUCGCCGUUUCGGUGAGUCAGCCGGCCGGAAAUACUUUCAGCAACUAAUCUCUGCCCUCCAGUACUGCCACCAAAACGGCGUCACUCACCGCGAUAUCAAGCCCCAAAACCUCCUCCUAGACGAACAUGGUAACCUAAAAAUCUCUGAUUUUGGUCUCUCAGCUCUUCCUGAGCAGCUCAAGGACGGGCUUCUCCACACGGCUUGUGGAACUCCGGCGUAUACAGCCCCGGAGGUAGUUCGCCGGCAAGGCUACGAUGGUGCCAAGGCUGAUGCUUGGUCUUGUGGGGUGAUUUUAUUCGUUUUUCUUUCUGGGUAUCUUCCUUUUGAUGAUAGUAACUUGCCGAACAUGUUCAAAAAGAUAUACCGGCGAGAGUUUCAGUUUCCUGAUUGGAUUUCAAAGCCGGCGAGGCAAAUAAUUUACCGGUUACUUGAUCCGAUUCCAAGUACAAGACUGAGUAUUGAAGAAAUGACGAAUCUUGCUUGGUUCAAAAAGUCUUUACGAGUUGAAUCACAAUUGGGUUUUGAAUUUGAUUCGAUGUCUGUGAAUGAAAAAUGUAAAUAUGGGUCGAGUAUCAAUGCGUUUGAUAUAAUUUCAAUGUCGUCUGGGUUGGAUUUAUCUGGGCUUUUUGAGGUGGGGAUGAAUAAGAAAGAGAGAAGAUUUACAAGCAUGGCUACAGUUGGAGAGAUUGAAGACAGAGUGGUGAAAAUUGGUGAGGAAUUGGGGUGUAGAUUGGAGAGAGGGAAGGGUGGGGCUAUUGGAUUGGUGAAGGGUAGUGUGGUUUUACUGGUGGAAAUUUUAGAUGUGGCGGUGGNGAGGGAAGGGUGGGGCUAUUGGAUUGGUGAAGGGUAG